CGCCUGAUUACAGUCUCUCCACUCUAGCUAUCAGGCGCUUAUUUAGCGCCAACACUUUUGCCUCUUUUUUAUGGUCCCUCUUCUUUUUUAGCUUUCUCGGAUGUACCUUGCUUUUCUUUGGAGCAAAACUAAGGUCGUUAAAGCCCAAAUAUGAACAAAAACAACUACUACAGUUCGCUUGAGCUAUGGCAGUCGUAAAGAACAAUCAACGUCUUUGGAUUUUCAGACUUUUGAUUUCCAACCAUGGCAUCCUAUCCUUUCUACUCCUUUUUCUCCAUGGCUUACCGUACGUCACUGCGCAAUCCGGAACAGUGCCACCCGGUGCUCGACCAGAGGAAUACUUUAGAACACCGGGGCCCACAUUCAACCCGACAAUGGCUAUUGUCAUGGUGGUUUUGAUCAGUGUAUUCUUUUUGAUAGGUUUUUGCUCCGUCUACAUCCGUCAGUGUUACGCACAGCGUUCGCCCCGUAACGACGACGACCACUUUGCCGUCUUUCUCGGAGGACCCAACUACCGCUCCCGGAGAAUUACGCGCGGACUCGACGCGUCCGUUAUCAACACAUUUCCGACCUUCCUCUACUCCGCUGUUAAAGGGCUUAAAAUCGGUAAGGGCUCCUUAGAAUGCGCCGUUUGCCUAAACGAGUUUGAAGAUGACGAAACUCUGCGUUUAAUACCCAAGUGUAGCCACGUGUUUCAUACUGAUUGCAUAGAUGCUUGGCUAGCUUCGCACAACACGUGCCCGGUUUGCCGCGCAAAUUUGGUCCCUCAACCCGGUGAGAUUGUAUCGAGCGUUAUUCAAGUAUGUAACACGGACAAUAGUUCCGAUGAACCGGAACGGCGGCCUGAUGAUCGUGAAGAAAUUUCACAGGUUGAGCAUGGAAGAGACGUAGAAUCUCAAGAGGUGAAUUUGACCAAUCAGAACAGGCCGCCACGUAAAUCGAAAUCAACAGGGUGGAGACUGGCCGGUUUAUUUCCACGAUCACAAUCGACAGGUCACUCGUUGGUUCAACCGGGUGAAAAUUGUGAGAGGUUUACAUUAAGAUUACCGGAGGAGGUACGAAAUGAGUUAAUGAACUCGAAUCUAACAAGAAGCAAGAGUUGCGUGGUGUUUCCUAGAGAGAGGAGCACAAGAAAGGGCUUUAGGAGUGGCAGUGGAGGAAUUGGGUACGAACGGUUCGACCGGCCAAAGACCGGCCAUUGGGCUUUCAGGAUGGCUCCGCCUUUUAUGUCCCGAGCCCGUUCCCUUCGGAUUCCAAAUGUUUGUGAUGAGGUUACGUCUACCCCACCAAAAAAAUUGUCUAAAUUUGCUAAAUCAUCGUCUGUUGGGUUGCGCGAUAGAAGUGAUAAUAAUGGUGAUGGAUCAUUUGAGCGACUCCGAAACGACGCUCAAGUUUAGCAUACAAAGUAGGUUAGGUUUAAAACUUUUUGGGGUUGACCCAUUCAGAUUUAUGUGUACAGAGGAAUAUAGUUUUUACUUUUCUUUCUUAUUUUGAUUUGUUUUAUUUUGGUGAAUAAUCAAAUAAGAUUGUGGUUUCUUUUGAUAGAA